AUGGAAACCAUCGGUUCUCCGGACAGUCCCAAUUUCCCCUAUCGGAGAUAUGAACGCCUCCCACCCAUCAACCAGUUUUCCUCCAUAGAGAGCGACUCAGACUUGUCAGAGACUGCUGAGCUCAUAGAGGAAUAUGAAGUGUUUGACCCAUCUAGACCCAGACCCAAAGUCAUCCUCAUUAUAGGUGGCCCAGGCAGCGGUAAAGGUACACAGUGUCUGAAGAUCGCCGAGCGCUAUGGCUUUGAAUAUGUCUCAGUGGGUGAGCUACUCAGGAAGAAGAUGAUCCAUAAUGCCACCAGCAACAGGAAAUGGAGUCUGAUUGCCAGGAUCAUCACCAAUGGGGAACUGGCACCACAGGUAUUUGGAUGAAGACAGGACGAUAGG